AUUGAAUUCGUACGCCUCGAACAACACACCACCACCCUUCCUUACCGACGCUCCCGCGGCCCCACCCGGCGAUUGAGAACCUCGACGAUUUAUCUCCCUCGAGACACCACACCGUCCGAACAUCGAAACCACAACCCGAACCCGGCGUUCCGGGCAGUGAAUGGCCGCCAUGGCCGCACAAGGCGGCGAUCAGCCUCCUCGCCUGCCCAUGCCGUCGCGCAACCCGUUACCGCUGUCGGCAUCGCAGGAGGCCCAGGUCCGAGAUAUAUUCUACGACCGAGUACGAAAGAUGUGCGCCCCAGAAAUCAAGGCCUUCGCCGAAUGCGCCAUGAACCACACCCUCACGGCGGGCUUCUCGUGCCGCGACACGCACCGGGUCAUGAACGGCUGCAUGAAGGCGCACGCGACCCAGGAAGUACACGACGCGGCGCGCGAGGAAUGGUUCUCGCUGCGCCAGCAGCGCGCCCGCGACCGCGAGCGCAAGGCCCGCCGCAAGGCCGAGCAGGAGGCCUUCCUGCGCGAGUGGUGGGGCUUGCCGGAGAAGGAUCGGGAACUGGCGAGGAAGGAGAUGGAGAAGCUCGGGAGGGGGGAGAGGGUGGGCGGGUUUGCGCCACCGAAGAGGGAGGGGGGUGAUGCGCGGGGGGGUGCGGAGGGGGGGAGGUGA